UUUGGGUAAAAAAUGUCUUCUGAAAAGAAAUAUAAAAUAGAAAUACAACAAAUGAUGUUUGUUUUAGGUGAAGUAUUAGAUUCGUUGCCUGAAACAACAGCACUUGUUGAGGAUAUCGUUCGAGGACAAGUAAUCGAAAUGAUAACGCAGGCUACGCAACAUGCUAUGAAGCGUGGUUCUCGCACCAUUUCUGUUGAAGAUUUAAUCUUUUUAAUUCGUCACGAUAAACCAAAGGUUAAUAGACUUAAAACUUACCUUUCAUGGAAAGAUGUAAGAAAGAAUGCAAAGGAGCAAGAUGGAGUUGAAUCCUCUGAAAUUCUUGAUGAUUCUGAUACAAAAAUGAGAGUAAGAAAAUCGAGAAUAGAUCUUCCAUGGGACAUAUAUUCUAUGUUUAAUGAACCUAUUCCGUUUAAUCUUGACGAAGAAGAUGACUAUGAUUCGGAUGAACAGGAAUCGAAUCUUGAUACACUUCUUCGUCUUAGAUUUGCCGAUCUUAGAACACGUACAAUGACAAAAGAUGAAUAUGUUCAUUAUAGUGAAUGCCGACAAGCAAGUUUUACGUAUAGAAAAUCGAAAAGAUUUAGAGAAUGGAGUGGCAUGAAUCAAUUAAUAGAUUCUCGUCCUAACGAUGAUAUAAUAGAUAUUCUUGGAUUUUUAACAUUUGAGAUAGUUUCCACUAUUACAGAGGAAUCUCUAAGAGUAAAAGCACAGAUGGAUAGUUUAGAGGAAAGCAGUGCUCUUAAGGAGAGGAGAGGAGGAAAAUAUUUAUUUGACGAUCCAGAGGAAGGUCGCACGCCUUUACAAAUAAAACAUGUAGAGGAAGGAUUCCGAAGGCUUCAGACGCCUCGGCCAAAGCAUGUUGCUAUGAGAGGAUUUGAUGGAGGCCUUGUUAAAAGUCGUGUAAAUUUAAUUUAA